CAGAGGGAUGUUGUAUGCUGUAAAGCCCUGUGAGGCAAAUUGUGAUUUGUGAUAUCGGGCUUUAUAAAUAAAACUGAAACUGAAACUGAUUCCAGUCGCUUUCUGCUCAUGCACUCUUAACAGAGACUGAGAAACGAUACUCUCAGAUUGAGAAAGAGUGCCUGGCGGCUGUGUGGGCCUGUGAGUGGUUCACGCGAUACGUACAGGGAAUGGACAGUUUUCUCCUCCAGACAGAUCACAAACCACUGGUACCGCUGAUCAAUGAAUACAAUCUGGACAAAGCGCCACUGUGGUGCCAGAGACUGUUAAUGCGCCUCAUGAGGUUCAAUGUGACAGCUAUACACGUGCCAGGGAAACAGUUAAUUGUAGCUGACAGGUUGUCCCGAAGUCCCUUGAGCCAUGGAGCAGAGCCGGAUAUGGAGCAAGAUGUGGAGGCGUACGUCAGAGCAGUAGUGACAAACAAACCAAUCUCAUCAGAAAGGCUCGAUGAAAUACGAGAGACCACUAAGAAUGACUCAGACCUUCAGACUGUCAUUAAGAGCAUCCGAAGCAGCUGGCUGCACCGAACAGCCGCAUUUCAAUCCUCACAUGCCUUCUAUACUGUGAGAAAUCACCUCUCUGAAGCGGAUGGACUAGGACUAAAUAGUUAUUCCAGCACCGCUGAGAGCCAAGGUGCUGAAACAAAUCCACGAUGGCCACCAGGGGUUAACAAAGUGCCGCGAGAGAGCUAAAAUGUCAGUCUGGUGGCCAGGUAUUAGAAGCGACAUAGAACAGCUGGUGAUGCAGUGCAACUUCUGUAUCGAACACAAACCAAAAUAAAGAAGGGAGCCCCUCAUCACCUCGCCCCUGCCAGAAGGACCCUGGCAGAGGAUUGCUGCAGACCUGUGUGAGCUGCGCGGGAAAAGUUAUCUGAUUGUGGUUGACUACUAUUCCGAAAUGGCUCAUCUCACAUCCACGUCAAGCUUACAGGUCAUCAACAGACUUAAAAGCAUAUUCGCCAGGUGGGGGAUACCACUGGAGAUUAUCAGUGAGAACGCCAUGCAGUUUGCCUCAGCAGAGUUCAAAGACUUCAGCAAAGAAUAUGGGUUCACCCAUGCAACCUUCAGUCCCCACUACCCUCAGGUGAACGGGGCAGCCGAAAGAGCAGUUCAGACUGCCAAAAGGAUUCUCGACCAGCCUGACCCGUCGCUAGCCCUGAUGAGCUACCGGGUGACGCCCAUCGCCGCAACUGGGGCCAGCCCGGCUCACCUUAUGAUGGGACGACAGAUUCGCAUGGCUGUGCCUAUGUUGGAAAAGAAACUACAGGCAGAUCCUGUCAGCCGGGCCCAAGUUCUGCUGAAAGAUAGUAGGGCUAAAAGAGCAUAGGAACAUUUCUAUAAUCGCAGACACUCUGCCUGCCCACUGCCGACACUGCAUCCAGGACAGGCCAUCAGAGUGAGGCUGGAUGGGGAAAAAGGAUGGAAGUCCCCUGCCGAGGUGGUCGGACAAUCUGCGGAACCACGAUCCUACCUCAUCAAGAUGGAUUCAGACAGAGUUAUGCGUCAUAACAGGAAAACACAUACAGGCAGUUCCAGAGUGCAUCGGCCCUGCUGACCAGCUGCAUUGGUCGGGAGGAAGCCCUACACAGCCAGCAAACAGUCCCCGCUCUGAGCAGGCCGCCACGGACAUCACACCACCCCUGCACCUGCCACCCACAGAGACUGCACCGGAGACUCCCCUGCUGCCCUCCUCUUCCCAGGGGAUAACCAGACUGACCGCAAGGGGUCGUGAGGUUAGACUGCCUCUCAGGAGGCCUGAUGGUGACCACACUGAGGCUGUCUAACAUGGCUGCUUUGGCAGCAAGUCAAAUGAUGUAAGGGGAGAACUGGCGCCCGGAGGCCUACAUGACAGCUCUGAGAGACUCUGGCUGAUGUCAGGAUGGAGGACAGACAGCUGAAAUGCAUUUCUUUUUGCAGACUGAAAUCAAACUAAGAGACUGUAUAUCUUCUAUCCUACCUUUGUGACAGUGAGGUUUUGUAUGAUUACGUUAAAUUGUCAAGUUUCACCUUGUGAAGAUAGGAAUGUUAUAACUGCAGUUAUAAACAAAUACAUGAAUAGCAAUUUCUCACUAUAAGCACUGUCAGUUCUCCUCAAUGGUAGUAUCUUAUCAUACAUGCCGAACAUUUUACAUUAGUUAUAUCAAUGAAAGAUGUAGUGAUAAUAAUCCACACUGGGCACAGUACAGUAGCUUUAAUGUUGGACAUCUUGCAUUACAUUCAAACAUUUCAGACCAAGGGCAUAGCUUUAUUUUAACAUUGCAGGGGACACGUGAAAUGAGGGGUUGAACAUCAAACACUUCAUUUCCACCAGUUGGUGCCUCUUUGCAUCAUUUUGUGGUGUCAAUUUCCUCUGUUACUUUCACGGUAAGACACUUUGUUUUAAAGGUACAUUUGUCAUCUGAAUAAAAACCUGUCUGUACGGUGAUUUACUACCUAACUCCUAGUUUUUAACAUCAAACAAUAUCCUACAGUCUGGUGAAUGUUAUGGCACCAGGUAAUGUCUUUUCUGCAUUAUUUUGUGGAAUGAAUUUCCUCCUACUUUCACAGUAAGACAGACUUUCAUGUUGUUACUGGGGAGGACAAAUCCAUAUGUUGUAAAAAUCUACACCUAUGCUUCAGAUUGCAUGUACUGAAAACAGGAGAAACCUGUUAGUGGAAGUCAUAAGCUGACAUAAAGGGCGGAGACAUUUCCGUGACUGCACUUGAUGAGCCCAAACCAGCAGCAUAUUUAUGAGAGCGUUGCAUAAAUUAACUCUUUAAAAGUCUAAGAGAAAACUGUUGCCUUAGUUUCACAAUAUUGCAAUUAAAUAUCUGAAGGAGAAAUUCUGGGAGUGAGUGAUUUAAAUACAGCGGGAGAGUGUGUAAAGUGACCGAGAGGAAGACAAACACACCGACGCUUGUGUUUACAGGAGAUACACGCUGCUCCCAGGAACAAGCAACUGACCGACCAACUCGGUAAGUGAUGUGGGCUGAAAGAUUGGUCAAACAGUUGGGCCACCCGACACGGUCAGUGGGAGGGUGGCUGGUGAGUAGGUUGUUCGUAGUGCGCAACUGGGUCCUUGAGGAGAAUGCUGUGCAGCUGUGCCAGAUCCAACCUGAUGACACAGUGCUGGAGCUGGGUCAUGGCCUGGGUCUGGGUCUGAAGUCAGCUGCCAAACUGCUCACAGAUCCCAAAGGCCACCUCAUAGGGGUGGAUUGCUCAGCAUACAUGCAUAAGGAGGCAAGUGAGCAAAUGAAGGACCUUGUGGCCAGUGGGAAAGUGACCCUGCAUCACUGUGAUGUAGCAGCAAUGCCUCUGGAAGACAACACUGUGGAUAAAGUCUUUCACUGUAACUGCUACUACUUCUGGCCUGACCUCAGGAAGGGGGCCACAGAGAUACACCGGGUAAUGAAACCAGGAGGCCUGAUGGUGACCACACUGAGGCUGUCUAACGUGGCUGCUUUGGCAGCAAAGCGAGUGAUGCCGGGGGAGAACUGGCGCCCGGAGGCCUACAUGACAGCUCUGAGAGACUCUGGCUUCACUGAUGUCAGGAUGGAGGACAGACAGCUGAAAUACAUUUCUUUUCAAGCUAUCUAUGCCACUGCCUCAAAAUGAGAUUCAAAUCACACUGCAAGUGAGAGAUUUUGUGUCUUCGACCCUACUGAUGUGAUUGUGAGUUUUUGUGAGAUUGAGUGUAUUUCUGACCCUCGACUCUCCUUUCUGUGGCAGAUUUCAAAUGACUAAAUGAAAACAUAUCA